AUGGCUGUACCGUCUCCAAAAUCACCUGAACAGUCAGAACGAAGUCGAAAAUAUGACAGACAACUGAGAUUAUGGGGUGAUCAAGGGCAGCAAGAUUUAGAAACUGCUCAUGUGUGUUUAAUUAAUGCUACGGCAUUAGGAACAGAGAUAUUGAAAUCAUUAGUAUUACCUGGUAUUGGAGCAUUUACUAUAAUUGACAAUGAAGUUAUAACUGAAGAGGAUAUAGGUUCUAAUUUCUUCCUUACAGCAGAUAGAAUAGGAGAAAAAAGAGGAUCAAUUGCUUCACAACUCCUAUGUGAAUUAAAUCCAGACACAAGAGGUCACUUUAUUGAUGAAUGUUUACUAAAGUUAUUAGAUUUGAAUCCCGGUUUAUUUAAUACAUUUAACGUGGUUGUCACUACGUCGCUACAUGAGAAAGAAAUUAUUGAUCUGUCUCAUAAGCUAUGGACUUACAAUAUUCCUCUUUUAGUAUGUCAAAGUUAUGGAUUUUUUGGUUCUAUGAGACUUCAGCUUGCUGAACAUACUAUGAUCAAAACCCAUCCAGACAACCAGAAUCCUGAUCUUCGGUUAGAUUGUCCAUUUCAGAAACUUAAAGAACAUUUUGAUACUUAUGAUCUAGAAGCUCUCGAUCUUACAAAUCAUUUACAUGUUCCUUAUCUUGUAAUAUUAUAUAAGCAUUUAGAAAAAUGGUGUAAUGAUAUUGGUGAUGUCAAUGCACUGCCUGAAACAUAUAAGCAAAAACAAGUUAUCCGGGAAAAUAUAAAAAAUAGUAUUAGAAAACAUGAAAAUGGUACUUUGCAUCAUGAAGAGAAUUUUGAAGAAGCAAUUCGAUCUGUUAAUUUUGCAUACAAUCGUACAUCAUUGUCAGAAAAUAUACAGCUUAUACUUAAAGAUGAAAAGUUAAUGAAUUUGACAUCAAACAGUCAACCUUUCUGGAUAAUGGCUAGAGCGCUCAAGGAUUUCGUAGAUAAUGAAGGAUGUGGCAGGCUUCCAGUUCGUGGAACACUACCCGAUAUGACAGCUGAUACUUUUAAGUACAUAAGUUUGCAACAGUUAUAUCAUGAGCAAGCUGCCAAAGACGCAGAGGCAGUCUACAACCGUGUCCAACAACUUCUUCAGGAUGUUAACCUCCCUGAUGAUACAAUCACGGAACAAGAUAUUAAAAUAUUUUGUAAACAUGCAUCUGAGUUAUGUGUUAUUAGAGGUACACGAAUAGCUGAUGAGUAUGAACGUAAGGGAAAUGCUGAUAAUGAGAUAUCUCAAAGCCUUGAAGAUCCAGACAGCUUGAUCGAACAUUAUAUCAUACUGCGUGGUAUAGAAAGAUUCUAUUCGGAAUAUUAUACAUACCCUGGUGAAAUUGAUGAACAAGUUGAACCUGAUAUUCCUAAGCUUAAGUUAUGCAUAUCCAAACUAUUAAGUGAAUGGGGUUGUAUGUCUUCCACAAAAGAGGACUACAUACACGAAUACUGUCGCUAUGGGAAGUCUGAGUUGCACAGUGUAUCUUCGUUCAUUGGUGGUUGUGUAUCACAUGAAAUAAUAAAAAUAAUCACACGACAAUAUAAACCAGUAAACAACUCGUUUGUAUUUAACGCUAUUAACUGCAGUACUGAAUCUUUUACAUUGUAA